AUGGCCACGACUCAGUCCGGCCUCUCGCGUCGACGAGGGGGCCCAUCCCCUGGCGGCGCCCAAACAAGCCACAAUGGCACCGCGCCCCUAGCCCCAGGUGUUAGUUCGCCUCCAGGAGCGAGUCUGAACGGCAACUCGCCCUCCCAACGCUUCGGUGGGGUGGCCGCUGCAGCGACGGGUGCAGGUGGGGCCUCGUCGCGACCGACGACUCCAGCUGGACAUCGUGUCGCCUUCGACGAGCGUGACCUCGAGAGCUCCGAAGAUCAGAUCAUGCCCAAACUGACCCUGAUGGAAGAGGUGCUCUUGCUCGGGCUCAAGGACAAGCAGGUGCGUUCAUGCGGUCAUUCGUUCCGGUGUUUUGCAUGUCGGCGUGGGGCAUGUCCCCCCCAACGUGACGGUGUCACUCGCGACGUCGGGCACUUCGACGCGCCUUCGGUCGUGGUUUGGCCAAUGCCCACGACGGGGGGUCGGACCGACCGCACAAUUGGAUCGCCAACACGUUGGGACGGCACCGCUUGUAUCUGAGCGCAGACCGUCGGUGUCGUCACUACGCUCCUACUCGAGGUUGUGCUGGCCCAGAAAGCCUGCGCCGGGGCAUCGGGUCAUCCUCGUAAAUUCAGGAGGACGAGCGCUGAUCCUCCUCCUCCUAUCCACCAUGCUGUGUGUAGGGCUAUCUCUCGUUUUGGAACGACAACAUCUCAUACACGCUCAGGGGUUGUAUCGUGCUCGAGCUUGCUCUCCGCCACCGAAUCGCAAUGGUCCGAGACCCCAAUCGGAGACGGUUCCCGCUGGCCGAUCGGUAAGUUCCGGUGGUUCCCACGUAUGAUGCGACGAUCAUAUCUAAGGGGGCUCGUCGUUCUCAUCUGGGCAUCCGGAAGGGAGCGAGCGUCAGGAGGUUUCACUGCUGACAUGUUGGCCCUGUUCGCUUCAGCUACAUCGAGGUGGUCGACGAUCGCCUCACUGGAGAAGUUUUGCUCGACGAAGCCUUGAAGAUGAUGAAGAUCUCAGAGAGAAUGAGCGUUGGGACGUGGAUCGAUUUGAUGUCAGGUGAGUGGUUGCCCUCGUGCCGCCACAUCUCGUCGAUUCCUGCACCGAUCAUUGCUGGUCACACACUCGUUGUCGGGGCGCUGGUGGCGCCUUGCACUUGGCCGCUAACAAAACACGAACGGAUCUUGUUCAUAGGCGAGACAUGGAACGUCAUGAAGAUCGGAUACCAGCUCAAGCAAGUUCGAGAGAGACUGGCAAAAGGUCUCGUUGACAAGGGCGUGCUGCGGACGGAGAAACGCAAUUUCCUACUUUUCGACAUGGCAACGCAUCCGGUUUCGGACCCGACGUUUAAAGAUGACGUUCUGCGGCGUACUCUUGGCCUACUCACGGCUCGCACCGCGGCAGUACCCACCUCCGACCUCUACGGGGAGCGAGUCCGAUACCGGACUAUUCGAGCCGUAAGCAUGGUCUGCGCCGCCUUUUCUGCCAACGUACUCGAGAACGCGCUUGUCCAUCUCAGCUACGAUGCACGCGAGGCCGCUUUCGCAAAAUGCGACGAGUUGCUCGCCGAGUUCUCUCAGUGGCCUUUCGCCGCAUUCCGACCGCCUACCGUUGGCGGGGGAGGGAUCGGGGCGGGCAGCGCGUCGGCGAACGUGGAGAGCGCAAAUCUUGCAGAGAUUAACAGGCUGGCAAGGGGGGAGAUGUCAGGCGGCGAAGGUGGAGCGGAAGGUCAGACGCAACGAGAGCUGCACUUGGAAGUUGUAGCUGCCGUUCUAGAGGUGUGCAGGAGGUGCGUGGCGCGGCGUUGA